AUGGCCCGUUGCGGGCACCGCAUCAAGAUCAGCGCCAAUGGCAAGUCUGUGUAUGCCAAGGUGGUGGACGAGUGUGACUCCGUCUAUGGCUGCGACGAAGACCACAACUACGAGCCCCCGUGUGCUAACAACAUCGUUGACGCCUCUCCUGCGGUGUGGAAUGCCUUGGGGCUCGACCAGAACGUCGGCAUGGAGGGCAUCACCUGGUCUGAUGAGUAG